AUGACUCUGCAUACUGAAGAGCUCGAGGAUGUCCGAGAGCAAGGUCUCAAGGAUCCAAAUUUGGACAGACACACCAGUAAAGCCAAAUCUCGUCACUUUACGGUGAACGGGCUCAGUGCCAAUAACACGCUCCAGCAGCAGCAGCAGCAGCAGCAAUUUAACCUGCAGCCAUCGAAUGACAGUCGCAAUAUCUACAACAACCCCUACAUUCCGCCGCAGCAGCAGCAGCAGCAACCACUGCAGCAGACACAGACGCAGCAGCAGCGCACUGCACACCUUUUCAAGGCCCUGGCUGCCUCCGCUGCCGGAAGCAACAGCCUCACCCAUCCCUACGACUUCUCCACCUCGUCGUCCUCCUCCAACGCCAACAAUGACCACCAGGGAUCAUCGUCUUCGGAAGCGGAGAACGCCUUUCUAACUCAUAAUAACGGUAAGUGGGACAUCAAAACCUUACAAUUUGUAUAUUUGCUAACAAGCUUCUAG